AAGACCAAAUAAUGAGGUGGGCACUAGGAUUUGUGCUUUUGGCUGUAAUCGCACUAUUAAACGCUGUCAGUACGGAGAACGAGCUGCAGUCGAAGGAUGCAACUAUUUUUGAGCGCACUUUUAAAACUCUACACGGAGAGCCGCCACCACCAGAACCUGUAUCGCGCAAUCGCGCCAAUAUACAGUAUUUAUGGAUCGAGCAGAAAUUGGAUCAUUUCAACGAUACGGAAACGCGUAGCUGGCAAAUGCGCUAUAUGACCAAUGAUGAAUUCUACCAAGAAGGUGCACCUUUCUUCAUAUUUGUUGGCGGCGAAUGGGAAAUCUCUACACGCUUUAUAGACGGUGGUCAUUUCUAUGAUUUGGCCAAAGAGCAUAAUGGCUAUCUUUUCUACACCGAACAUCGUUACUACGGACAAAGUAGGCCAACAAGCAACAUAGACAAUGAAAAUAUCAAAUACUUGCAUGUGCGUCAAGCUUUAGCUGAUUUGGCGCAUUUCAUUGAGGAAAUGCGUGCUACCGUACCAGGUGCCUCCUAUUCUAAAGUUAUACUUGCUGGUGGCUCUUACUCGGCCACAAUGGUGACAUGGUUCAAGAAAUUAUAUCCAGAGUUGGCCAUUGGCGUUUGGGCUUCCAGUGCGCCACUCCUUGCCAAGCUCGAUUUCGUAGAGUACAAGGAAAUCACCGGCCAGUCCAUUCGAUUGCUUGGCGGCGAACAAUGUUAUACUCGUAUUGAAAAGGGCAUCGCCGAAAUGGAAGCCUUGUUCGCAAAUAAGCGUGGAGCUGAAGUGAAAGCUUUGCUAAAGCUUUGCAAUGCUUUCGAUGAAUACAACGACUUGGAUUUGUGGACAUUGUUUAACGAGAUUGGCGAAGUCUUUGCGGGUGUUGUGCAGACACACAAUUCGGGCCAAAUUGAGAGCGUUUGCAGCAAAAUAAUGGAGGGCGAGGAUGACAUUAGUGGUGUGGCCGGUUAUUUAUUAACUCAAUUCAACAGCACAAGCUGCAAUCUACUUACCUAUAAAGCAAUUAUAGCCACAAUGAUGGACUCUAGUUUCACGGAUAACAUUAUGCGUGCGUGGAUCUAUCAGACCUGCAAUGAGUACGGCUGGUAUCAGACUUCCGGUUCCACAGCACAGCCCUUUGGCACUAAGUUCCCUCUGACGCUCUUUACACAAAUGUGCAAAGACAUCUAUGGCGAUCAGUUUACCAAUGAGUUUAUAAGCAAUCAGGUAGCUGCCACUAAUGAGCUUUUCGGUGGACUGGAACCGAAUGUGGAGAAUGUUUACUUUACUCACGGUCAACUGGAUCCGUGGCGCGCUAUGGGCUCACAGGAUGGAGCGCAAGUAACUAUUUUACCGCUCUACGCCCAUUGCAAGGAUUUUGAUUCAAUCAGCGAUAAAGACUCAGAUGAAUUGAAGGCUUCGAAGACAAAUCUCGCCGAUUUGGUGCGUCAAUGGCUCGGCAGUAGUAAUGCCACGAAUAGCGCAAUCAAUAAAGCGGAGAGUUUUUAAUAUGAAUCGGGGAUUAUCAGUUAAGGUGCUUUUAUUGAGCUAUUACUGUGCAGAUAAUUUAUGGUUUGCCGAUAAAGCUGAGCGUAC